AUGGUACCAGAUCCAGUGUGUCAGAUAUGCUUAAAAGGUUUAGAGAUGGUAGAACACGCCUUACUGCUAUGUGAUUGGGCGAGAGCAACAUGGUUUGGAGCGGAAUGCAAUUGGACCCCAACAGCGGAGACAGCAAAUUUAAACUCGAUUGAAAGUUGGAUGGUGGAAUGUAUAAGAAAGAUCAGAGCAGGAGGUGGAGACGACCAGGAGAAGAGGAUUGAGAAACAACAGACACAAAAAAUAGAAGCCAAUAGGAGCAGAACUAACUCGGUGACAUGGAGACCUGCUCCUGAGAAUUGGCUGAAAGCGAAUGUUGAUGUUGCCUUUCGAAAGGACAAUGGGACAGGUGCAAUAGCUGUGGUGAUCAGAAAUAGUAAAGGAAGGAUUGUAUUAGGAUUUUCAGGGAAAAUUCAAGCCAAAUCAAGCAUUGUGACAGAAGCCCAAGCAAUAAGGCAAGCAUUAAUCAUAGUGAACAAUCUACAAAUGGGCAAAACUCUAAUAGAAUCAGACAACUUAAAGCUCAUUCAAGCAAUAAAAUCCAAGACAACCAUAGGAGAAGCAUUGGCUAUCAUCCAAGAUAUUCAAAUUCUAAUGGAAAAUUUACCUGAAAAAGGAAUGACUUGGACUCGCAGGAGAGGAAAUCGUCUUGCCCAUGCAGUGGCAAAGGCUGCGGAAUUAGGAACGUUACGUUUGACCUGGAGUACUCAACCACUUGCAGAAAUACGAAGCAUCCUUAGGAGUGAGAUUCAAACAUGA